AUGUGCCGGGGGGUUCCGCCCCCCGCCCGCCGGGGCCGCUUCCUCUUUCAGCGCUAUUUAAGCGGCUCCGGGCGCGUCCCGCCCGGCCGGGCCAUGGAGCGCAUGGAGGUGACCGAGACCUUCGCGGGCAUCGCCCUGCCCGGCCACCUCCACACCCAGGAGUCCCUCGGCUUCGCCGCCGCCUUCACCUUCCGCCCCACGGACGUGCUCAUCGCCACCUACCCCAAAUCGGGCACCACCUGGAUGCAGGAGAUCCUGACGCUGCUCUUCAGCCUCGGCGAUGCCCGCCCGGCCAAGACCAUUCCCAACUGGGAGCGGGCGCCGUGGCUGGAGCAGAUCUACUGCCGGGAGGCUCUGCGGGACGGCGAGGGCCCGCGGCUGCUCACCACGCACCUGCCCGCGCCCGUGCUGGCCCCCGCCCUGCAGCGCAGCCGGGCCAAGGUGAUCUACGUGGCCAGGAACCCCAAGGACGUCGCUGUCUCCUUCUACCACUUCCACCACCUGGCCAAGUUCCUGCCCGACCCCAGCUCCUUCGAUGCCUUCCUGACGCAGUUCCUCGAGGGCACAGUGCACUACGGCUCGUGGUUUGACCAUGUCAAAGGCUGGCUGCGCCAGCGGCACCUCCUGGACAUCCUCUAUGUCACCUACGAGGAGCUGCACCAGGACCUGCGUGGCACGGCGCAGCGCCUCAGCAGCUUCCUGGGGUGCCCGCUGGCCCCGGGCACGCUGGCAGCCCUGGAGCAGCACUGCAGCUUCUCCGCCAUGCGGGACAACGCCAUGGCCAACUACUCGCUGAUCCCCGCCGAGAUCAUGGACCACAGCCAGGGCCGCUUCAUGCGCAAGGGGGUGGUGGGGGACUGGCGCAGCCACUUCUCCCCCGAGCAAAACGCCCUCUUCAACCGGCGCUACCAGGAGGAGAUGGGGGACACGGAGCUGCCCUCGCAGUGGCCCAUGGCCUGAAGGGUCUGGGGGCACUCUGAGCCCCCAGCUGUACUGAGAACCACCACACGGAGACCCUGCAGGGCGCCCCAAACCCCCGCUGUGUCACCCACGGGCUGGGGUCUGGCGGGGGCCAGGCACGGUCUCUCCUCCCUGGGGGUGGGGAACUUUUCCGGCCAGGCAUUGUGGCCAUCCCCGUGGCCUCGCUCCCCCCGGCCGGGGACGUGUGGCCGUGACCCCUCCUUCCUCCCAGCCCGCCCUGCGGAAAUAAAUAUUUAUUGCCGUUCCCAGGCAGGCAGCUGUUCCCACGGGGGAGGCGGGAAGCAGCGCCGGCGGCGGGAGAGCUGCUCUUAUCGGGAGCACAUCGGGGUGGGGACGCAUCCCCGGGGACAUCAUUAACGGCCGGGGGCAAUGACCGGGGGGACAGCAGGGCCGGGCGGGGUCGCAGCGCGGCGACAGGGCUUGCCAGCACCGCCCGUGGCACGGAGCUGGCUCCUUCAGCAGGACCCAGGGCCCGCCACCCCGGAGCCUCCCUCCCAGCAGAUCCCCGUCCAGUGCCCCCUGCCCAUGUCCCCUGCUGGGCUGCUUGCACCGAGGGGCUUGUUCCACCCCCCAGCACGCUGGGAUCUCCCCGGCAGCCCGAGCCCCCAGCCCCUGUCCUGCCACGCUCCGAGGAAUUGCUCUGUGGAGCCCCCGGCCAGCAGAGGCUCAGUCAAUAAGGAAUUGGCUAUCUUACCCUGCCCCUGCAGGGUGAGCAGUGUGGGGGCUUGGCCCACCCUGAUGUGACCCUCCUUGGGCCCUGUGGGACAGUGGCACCAGUGCCACUCCUGCCCCUCUGCUAGCCGUGUCAUCCCUGCCACCUCUGCCGGUGGGGACAACCCGGCGUGGUGGCUCUGGGCACUCCCAGCCCCGGGGGUCCCUCUGCACCCAGCCUGGGGUCCCCGCUGUCCCCAAGGGUUGGGGUGCCAGGGCUGGCCCCUGCUGCAGCCUGAGCGGCAGGUUUGGGUUUCCACGGCAACACCCAGGAUCCCGCCCGCCGUAAAGGGAUGAAUCAGAGCUAUAAAUAGGGGCUGAAUGGGGGGGCAGGCACCGCGCCCCUGCCCCUGCCUUGUGCUCCCAAGGGCCGGCAGAGCUGUCCCGGAGUGCCACCCACACGGGGCCAGCCUGCCACCUGUCCCUGCGCCCAGGGAGGUGGCAGCAUCCUGGAGCCCAGCUCGGUGGCACCUGCACGGCGCUCCCAGGCUGCCCCUGCCCCGUGAGGCUGUGCCAGGCCCCAGCCCAGUCCCCGUGGUGGCCUUGGGCACACCCUGCCCCUGGGGAUGCCACCUGGCCAGGAGCAUCUGCUGGCACCACGCUGGCAGCAUCAGCACACAGCACGUGGCAGGAGAGUGGCACAGUGCCCAGCACGUGGCACAUGGCACAUGGCAUAAAGAACAUGGCACGUGGCGCGUAGAACAUGGCACAAGGCACAUGGAACAUGGGCUCAACACAUGGCACAGGGCACACGGAACAUGGCACAAGGAACAUGGCACACAAAACACGUCACAUGACAAAUGGCACAUGGCACAGGGAACAAGACAAGGCACACAGCAUGUGGCACACGGAACAGGCACGUGGGACACGGCAUACAUGGCAUGUGGCACACGGAACAGGCACGUGGGACAUGGCACACAUGGCAUGUGGCACACGGAACAGGCACGUGGGACACGGCACACAUGGCAUGUGGCACACAGUACACAUCACAGGUGAUGGUGGUGCAUGGCCCAUGGCACCUAGAACAGGAUUCACACACACAGCACACACAUGGCACAUGGAACACAGCUGGGGACACACAGUGCACGGGGUGUCGCACAUGGCACACGGCACAUGGCACAGAGUACAUGGCAUGUGUCUCAGGGCACACGGCACAUGGCACACGGCACAGAGUACAUGGCAUGUGUCUCAGGGCACACGGCACAUGGCACAG